AUGGCCCCUAGCCCAUGGGGCUGUGUAUGUGGCUUCCUGUUGCUGUUGCUGCUGCCAUCCCAGAGGGCUGGCCCUGCCCUGGGCAGGGACCUUCCCAGGCCACUGGAAGACUCAAAAACCCACUUAAUCCCAAGAGUACACCUUAAGGGUACUGUGGGCUCAGAGCCCCAAACCUUUGACUUCUGGGAUAGCCCCAGAGAUGAGAUCCCGUGGAAUUCCAAUGGCCCCCACAACCCUGCUGAAGAGAUGUCUACAAAGCCUGCAGACUCUGCCUCUGGCCCAGCCCUGCAUGGGCCCAAAGCAGCCCCUGGGGCUCAGAGAGAACAACUCCCAGUAAUUGAUGACCUCCAGAUGGCUCGAGGGCCAAGUUCCCAAGGAUGGACAGGACCUCCUGACUCACAGGAGCCUCUGGAGCAAGAAGUACUGGUCCCUCAAUCAGUUGGGUCCCCUCCCCUCACUUUCAUCCCCACAACUCCCAGACUACAACUCAGGGUAGCCACUGUUCCUCCUGCUUUGGAGCCUGGAGGCAAAGUGGGACAGCAAUCACCUAUAGAAGAGGGUCUGACAGCUAAACCCAAGACCAGGGUCCUACACACCUCUCCCUCUGAUCACCAGGGCCCUCCCCACACUCUUGUGCCCCACUCAGGCACUGUCAAGAGGCCAAUGCUGGAAGAACAGAGUGGGCAGAAGGGGGACUUCCAGGAGGCAGUACAAGGCCCCCUCUUCACCCAGCAGGAUCCAGAAACCCCUGAAGCUGGCACGGUAUCUGCAGUUGAGGGGGCGUCCUCUCAGGAGCCUGCUGCCCAGCCAGACUUGGCGUUGGCCAGAAGCCUUCCUCCUGCUGAGGAGCUGCCAGUUGAGCCCCCUCAAAAAGCUGGAGCUGGGGAGGCCUGGGAAGUUAGCUCCCCAGGUCCACCGCCCAAGCAGGCUGGCCUCCCUGAUACUAAGGGUUCACCAGGACCCCAGUCCACAGGUCCUCCCAUCUCAGAGGCUCUGGAUAGGCAGUCCAAACCAGAGAUAGCAGCAAUUAAUGGAGCAGACCCUAUCUCCCCCCAGCGGGUGAGAGGAGCGGUGGAGGCCCCAGGCACCCCCAAGUCCCUGAUUCCUGGUCCCUUGGAUGUUGGCCCAUCUACAAACCAAACAGAGAGCCCUGUGAGAGCCUUGCAGCCAGAUGAAGCCGAAGAGUGGUCCGGGCGUCCCCAAAGCCAUCCCCCAGCACCCCCAGUCCAGGCCCCCUCAACGUCACGCCGGGGUCUCAUUCGAGUUACCACGCAGCGAGCCUUGGGCCAGCCGCUCCCUCCGGAGCCCUCAGCCAGCUCCAUGGCUUCAGCCCCAGCCUCUAGCCCCCCAGCCAACGCUACCGCACCCCCCCUGCGCUGGGGACCCUUGCGGCGGGUGCUGAGCUUUUCCUGGGAGCUUCACGUCUACGGGGUGGGGGUGCUGUUUCUGCUGCCCGCGUUGUUGGCCUUGGCUUCGCUGGCAGCAGCCCCGUCUGGGCCCUGGUUGGCACUGGUGGCUGCAGUGCUAGUGCUAGUGGCUUCUGGGCUGAGAUCCGCCUACAUGCUCACCGACCCUUAUGGCUCGCAGGCGCGGCUGGCGGUGCGCGCCGGACUGGUGCUCUACAACCUGCCCUUCCCCUUGCUACUCACGGCACUGGCAGCCUUAACCCUGCUGGGCCUAGGAUCAGCUCUGCCACAGCCACUGCAGCACCCACUCCUGCUGGGAGCCUUGGCGCUAGUCCACGGCGUGGUAUUGCUUGCUACAGAUCUGCUGUCGGCUAGGCCUGUGUUCAACCUCCUGGCACAAGGCUUGUCCUGUGCCUGGGGUGCGGCCGUGUCUCUAGGCACGCUCUGUCUGUGCCGUCGCCGCCUGCUGGAUGGGUCACGGGGCUGGGAUGUCAGCCCAGGCCCGCGGCUGCUGGCUGUGGCAGGUGCGCUGGGGCUGCUGGCCAGCGGCUUGCAGCUGGCGGCCGCGCUUUGGUUGUACCCCGGCCCUGGCCGGGUGGGCCGCUUCUCGUGGGCCUGGUGGGGUGUCCACUUCUGGCUGCGCCUACUGGAGCUGACGUGGGCGCUCGCCCUAGCAUUGGCCGCUUUGGCAGCAGCGAGACCUAGGCCGCCUACAGAGCACGCCUGCUGGACUAAGCUGCUGCGCCUGGCUUGUCCUGCGCCAUCGGGCAAGAGCGAGGUGCCGGAGCGUCCCAAUAACUGUUACGCAGGGCCCAGUGGCGUGGGCACAGGCAGCUUGGACAUCAGCAAGAGCCUCAUCCGUAACCCGGCGGAAAGUGGGCAACUGGCCACGCCCAGUUCAGGUGCCUGGGGCUCGGCUGCGUCUUUGGGUCGCGCACCCCAUGGUGGCCCAGGACUGUCCCGCAGCAGCGUAGGGCCGGCGCCAUCGCUGAGCGAGCUGGAUCUGCGGCCGCCAUCGCCCAUCAACCUGAGCAGCAGCAUCGACGCCGCGCUCUUCCGAGAGCACUUAGUUCGAGACAGCGUGUUCCGGCGCUGCGGCCUGAGCGGCCUGGCCUCGCCGCCGCCUGGAGGCGCUCUGCGGCCACGCCGGGGCAGCCAUCCCGAUGCCGAGCUGGAUGGCGCGGGCUCUUCGCUCCUCCGAGGCCGCUGCAGGUCACUCAGCGACGUGCGCAUGCGGGGCCCGGUCCCACAGCAUGUGGCGGACGAGCCCGACGGGGCAGCCGCGGGGGCUUCUGGCAGCUCCCUGGACAGCUUCUCCAGGGGCUCACUCAAGAUCAGUUGGAAUCCGUGGCGUCACGGGCUGUCGUCAGUGGAUAGCCUACCCCUAGACGAGCUGCCCAGCACAGUGCAGCUACUCCCUGCCCCGACCCCGGCCCCUGACACUAUUCCAGCUCGGUCCCGGGAGCCCCAGGGCGAAGUCCAGCCUCGCUGCAAGUCUGGGGACUCCCGCAGCGCCUCCAGCGAUACCAUCGAGCUCUGAAGGGUCCUAAUUGCAGGACCAGGACCUUGUUCUCGAUGCCUACAUGGCACAGCUCACUCGAACAGUUGAGUGUUUGAAAAACUGGCAUUCCUGGGCCUCCGCCUGACUGCAGCCCCCUAGAAGCAGCUGGAUAGGAACCCUACCACCAUGCCCCGUUGUUUUUGUUUUUUUAGUAUCUCUACUUUUUUCAGCCGGUAUUUUGCACAGAGGUCGUGGCUUAUGCGGAAUACAGGGUGGAUGUGCAUGGAUUUGGGCAUGGGGAACUGGGAGCAGAUGCCCCAGACUCUCCAAUGGGGAGAGAGUGACUGUCCCGAUUGACUCUCCUCUUCGUGCCAAAGAAAUAAACCCUUAGGACUUGGCUCAUGCCUCACUCUGGCCGUGCCAGGAUUCUCUACUCAGAUAUUGGAGGCUCCGC